UCUCAUCACAGUCUUCAUCAGUAAAGCUGAAGACUUUUCUCCAUCUCUCUCUCUGAUCAGGAUCAUCCUGGACCGAGCCUCCUCAGGUCUGGAUCCAAUACUGAAGCAGCUGGACUCUUCAACACAUCAAGUCUGCAGGACCAGGACCAGUAAUGACCCUGUAACACUGGAGCAGAAACCCCCCCUGACCUCAGGAACCACUGGCCCCUGUCUGACUGAAGUCCUGAGCAACAUCCAGACCCUGAGGAGGUUCUGCUUCAGACCCAGACCGGUUCAGGGCCAGAGGGAGGGCGGCAGAAGGACCACAGAGUCUUCUAUGGAGGACCACAGAGUCGCCUGUUGUCAUUUACCUGGCAAUAACUCAGGGGGCAUCACAGAGGAGCAGUACCACAGUCAUCAGCAGCAGCUGAUCCAGAUGCAGAAACAACAGCUGGAACAGCUGCAAUUACAGAACAACAAUGCUUUAUAUAGACACACAUCACUGUGUGGAGCACGGUCCACCAGGUCCAGUGAGUCCCGUUCAAAGACUGUGGACUCGGCCAGCGCUCAGUUUGCAGCCUCAGCUGUGAUCAGCGCUACUCUUCCUCCUCUUCUUGUUCCUCGUGGUCACAACAGUGAGAACAAACCCUACAAGUCUAGCAUCAACGGAGUCCUUCAUUCUUCAGGUCCCUCCAGGCCUCCGUACUCGUCCUCCUCGUCUGUCAGCAGGUUGGGGCUUUCAGCUCGGGGGUCUCUCUCCUCUUCCACUCAGUCUCUUCCUAACCAGAGGAACCAGGUGAGAGCCCCCCUCCACACUGCUCGACCCUCCGCCCCCCCAACGUCUGCCUUAAAGCUCACCACCAUCACUGCCAGCCUCGACCGAGUGCCCAAAGUCUCCACCGCCAGGUAAACGCCUCCUACACCUGUCCAUGUAAACUCCUAGACACACCUGUACGACGCGCACACCCGUGUGCGACGCACACACCUGUCCAGGUAAACUCGUCCUACAUAAUGUUUCUGACCUUUUAACUUUAUAACUGAUACCAGACCAACAGUGAAACAGAUAUAUUGUAAAUACGAGGACUAAUAAUAAUAGUAAUACUAGUAAUAAUAAUAGUAGUAGUGAUAGUAAUAGUAAUUAAAGUAGCUCUGUCAAUCAUUGCUGGGCGACUCAAAGCGGGAACAGUCAAGGAGAAAUGGCACAACAUUCUCGAAACAUCUCACUUUGCACACAUUUAGAUCAGAAAAGUCUUAUUUUCUGGUGUUGUGCCCACGAAUCUUUAAUAAGUUCAGUGUUCGGACGCCUGUAAUUAUAGAAUCCUGCUUACUGUCAUGGUUGCUAGUUGGUGGCGCUAUGAGCUGAUAUUGGCAGACAGAAGUUCUAAAGCCAUGACAGUCAUCAACCAUGUCAAGUUUGGAACAGUUUUGAAAAAGUAUAGUCGAGUUACAACAGCUUGAUGGAUGAUGGUGAACCAUGUAAAAUGGUCGCCACACCACGUCAUGUCGUUC